CCUCAACUAUCGUUCUGUGGCACUUAUUCCAUCGCGUUCGCUAUGCUUAAAGGACUGGUCGCCUACGACGAAGAUUCCCAGAGCGACCGCGAAGACUACGCGCCAGACCCUCAGAGAGUUCAUGACAAACCAACGAAGGCCCGCGCUGACGCUCAAUCAGAAGCCGCACAUGGACAACCUCGCGCAUCCUCCUCAAGCGGUGCGCAAGUCGUGAUACGCCGCCCGGUACAUGUGAAGUCGCGACCUCGCCCCCGCCGCCAACUCUCCGACCACGCCGAGGGCGACCACCCAGGGUCCUCCGCCGCAGAGCCUUCGGAAUCCGGAGACUUGCCGGAUACUGCUUCGCGCAUGAGUGUGUACGAUGAGGAGGAGCCGGACGAUGAGCUUUCUCGUAUACGGAGGCUCCUGCGCCCGGCGGAGAUCCCGGGGGUGGAGGACUGGGGCGUCCCGCCGCCACCAUCGACGCCGUGCGAUCCAGCAUUGGAGGCGAAGCUUACACAAUUCAUGUCGCUCAAGCGAAAUCUGAGCGACCCUAUACACUUCAACGACUCCCUGAUGUCAAACCGGUCGUUCCGCAACCCGCAUCUCUACACGCGGCUCGUCGAGUUCGUGGACGUCGACGAGCGCGCGACGAACUUCCCGAAGGAGCUCUGGGACCCGACGGACGUCCAAGACGAGUGGUACGCGGACCGCAUCGCCGAAGCCCAAAAGGUGCGCUCGGAGCAGCAAGCCGCGCAGGACGGCAGCUUCAAACGGCUCAAGAUCGACUUUGCGUCGGCCUCCCGCCGACCGACAGCUGCGGCCCCGCAGCGAGCCGAGCAACGACCGGUGGCCUCUCGUGGUGGCGUGCUUGGGAACGGGUAUGGAAGGGGGAGAGGGAGACUUCGAUUUGGCUAGUCAGGACGCUGAGCUGUUGUUAUGUUUACUACGCCUUGUUCUGAGGUCGCUGCAAUGUUAGUCGCUUUGCUGGG